UUUAUAUACAGAGGAGAGUUUAGAUAAAAAUCAUGACCCUUCCUCCUGCAAUAAUGGUAGGCUUUGUCACAUAUUUUCAGCUCCUUAACUUUCUCGUUGUAUCCUUAACCAUAUCAUCAGGAGUUGUAACGGCGUCGCCGCCGCCUGUAAAAGCAGCUUAUUGGCCAUCAUGGUCGAAAAAUUUGCCGCCAUCAGCCAUAGACACGACCUUGUUUACUCAUAUUCUCUAUGCUUUUCUCAUGCCAAGUAACACCUACAAAUUCGAAAUCCCAACCUCAACAACUCUACAGCUCUCGAAUUUCACCACCACCCUCCGCCGCAAGAACCCGUCGCCGAAAACCCUUUACUCCAUUGGCGGCGGAGGCACCGAUUCUCAUCUCUUCGCUCGCAUGGCUUCGGACGCAAAGUCACGUCAAGCUUUCAUAACUUCCUCCAUAGAAACUGCCCGGAGAUUCGGUUUUGACGGAAUGGAUUUGGAUUGGGAGUUCCCUGAAAACCCGAAAGACAUGCAGAACCUGGCCGUUUUGUUUUCUGAAUGGCGACGAGCCAUCGUCCACGAGGCGAAAACAACCCGCCGUGCUCCGCUACUCCUCACGGCGGCGGUUUACUUCUCUGUCGAAUUCUUCCUCGACGAAACCUACAGAAAAUUCCCGGUUUGGUCGAUCAAUCAAAACCUGGAUUGGAUCAACGUAAUGUGUUACGAUUAUCAUGGUAGCUGGGACAGUUCACAAACCGGAGCUCACGCAGCACUUUAUGACCCGAACAGUAAAAUAAGCACAAGCUAUGGUCUCCGGUCAUGGAUCAAAGCAGGUCUGCUUAAGAGCAAGCUGGUCAUGGGGUUGCCACUUUACGGGAAGACAUGGGUGCUGAAGGAUCCGAAUUCUCACGAGAUCGGGUCGGCUGCUGUUUCUGUCGGCCCGGGAGACGAUGGGGUGUUAACGUAUGUGGAGAUUGAGGAGUUCAACGAGAAGAAUGGUGGUAAAGUAGAACACGACAUGGAAACUGUUUCCACAUAUUCUUAUGCUGGUUCGGUCUGGGUCGGGUACGAUGAUGCUAUAUCGACGACGAUGAAGAUCGGCUUCGCUCAGGGACUUGGAAUUCGUGGCUAUUUCUUUUGGGCGCUCGGUUACGAUAGCGACUGGAAAAUCUCUAGACAAGCUUCAAGGGCGUGGAUUCUCGGUGACUGAGUGAAGAAGAUUUCUUGUAUGAGAAACUCUUCGUGCAUCAUCUUUUUAUUUCUAUCUUUGACCUCUAAAUAAUACAAACAAUUGUAAAACAAACAUAUGGAGU